AUGCAUCAAAUCAUAAGAUCGGGACAACCUUUAACUGAUCUGCAUUACCAAUCAUUCAUAUAUCAAGUGUUGUGCGGAUUGAAAUAUAUUCAUUCGGCCGAUGUGUUACAUCGUGAUUUGAAACCAGGAAAUUUAUUAGUUAAUGCUGAUUGUGAAUUGAAAAUUUGCGAUUUUGGAUUAGCAAGAGGAUUUCUGGAAAAUCCAGAACAAAACUCGGGGUUCAUGACUGAAUAUGUUGCCACUAGAUGGUAUAGAGCUCCUGAAAUCAUGUUGAGUUUUUCUUCAUAUACCAAAGCAAUUGAUAUCUGGUCAGUUGGAUGUAUUUUGGCAGAGUUAUUGGGAGGUAAACCAAUAUUCAGAGGUAAAGAUUACGUUGAUCAAUUGAAUCAAAUCUUGUUGAUAUUGGGCACUCCACCGGAAGCUACUUUAACCAGAAUUGGGUCUCAUCGUGCUCAAAAUUAUGUCAGAUCGUUACCAAUUAUGAGAAAGGUUAGUUAUAAACAACUAUUCCCUAAUGCCAAUCCAUUAGCGUUAGAUUUAUUAGAGAAGAUGUUGGCAUUGGAUCCAAGCGAACGUAUUAGUGUUGAAGAUGCUCUUAACCAUCCAUAUUUAGAAGUCUGGCAUGAUCCACGCGAUGAACCUGAAUGUCAAGUUAAAUUCGAUUUCAAGUCAUUUGAAACAGUUGAUUCAAUUGAAGAUAUGAAACAAUUAAUAAUUGAAGAAGUCAAGAAUUUCCGAGAAUUUGUUAGAAAACCAAUUGAAGAACAGCAACAAAUUCAAUUACAAUUACAAAUCCAACAGAAACAACAACAACAACAAGAAGAACAAGAAAGGCUUCAACGUGAACAUGAAGUUAAACAAGCCAUUUUACAACAACAAGCCCGGGAAGCCCAUUUACAAGAACAACGACAACAAUUUGAAGCCAUGGAUAUUUCCCAAACUCCCGCACCUUAUGAUUAUCUUAAUUCGGCACAUUCACAAAAUCCAAACACAACUGCGGUGGUUAAUACUGAUCCUCUGCAACUAACUGAGAAUCAAUAUUAUCAAAUUCCAAAGCCACAAGAAUUGGACGAGUUUGCCUUUUCCAAUUUAGAACCAACCAUGACUAAUGUAUCUAAUCCUGAACUUGUCGAUGAUCAAUUGUAUCAGAAUCUAACCCAAGCAACACCAUCUGGGAAUGAUUACAUGCGAUUAGAAGAAGAUUUAGGGUUUGGAUUGGAUGGCUCCAGGCUCUUCAAUUCUACAUUUCAAUAA